GUGUUUGGACAGUUAAGCCUGACAUAUCCGCCAUGUUGACGUACGGCUGAUAAGUUUCUCUCACUUCUUUUUAUUCUUAAAAGUUAUUGAAUUUCGAAUGUCAGUCAUUUGGCAAUAUGGUAAUAUCAUGUGCCGCUGUAAACUGUACCAAUAGGCAAGGAAAAGUCGACAAAGCGUCAGUUUCAUUCCAUAGGUUUCCCAUGAAAAAUGCUGAGCGACUGACCAAAUGGAAAGAAGCUGUGAGAAGGGAGAGCUGGACACCCAACAAGUACUCUUUCCUUUUGCAGCAAUCAUUUCACACCUGACUGUUUGAAUCCAGACAUGAUGACCAACAUCGCCAGCUCAAGGCUACUGCUGUGCCAACUAUAUUUGAUUUUUCUGAGAAGAUCAGAAGCUCUAAUCCUAUGGUACGAAGGAAAGUGGUUAGUAAGAGAUUAAGCCUGUCGAACGAUGAGUCAUCUUCAGAAGAUUCCACAAGGAUUCUAGACCAAAAAGAAGUAAAUAAAUGGACAUCUUCAAAUUCAGAUUCUCUCCUUGAUCUGAGUAUUCACCCAGCAAACCAUCUGCAAGAAGGAGAGUGGACAAGGGAGAUGGAUGGGGACAUUUUCACACCUUCUUCUUGUAGUUUCAUUGGAGCUUUGCACUCUUAUAGCUACACUUCAAGACUACAGCGGAAGCGGUCAGGUCCCCAGACUAAAAUUACUACUGUCAGGUCUGAGCCAGAAAUCUUGGUUACACCUACUAGUGCAACUGAGACAAAGACAAUCAGUGUUUAUAUUCCAGAUUUAGUCCACAGACGACUUUUAAGUAAAAAGAAGGCUGCAAACAGGACUUACUCCCACAUGUUUUGCUACUCACACAAAGUCCCAUCCUUCCAAGCAGAAAGGUUGAUUAGUCCUCAGAGACGAAUGAAAAGGAGGCGGCUACAGAGUGUGGCCCAUCACAUGCUACUCAAGCUGAGAAAAAUGAAGGAGCAACAGGAAAGGGGAAAAUAGUAGCUUGACUCUUCAUUCAUCAGCAUAUGCUGUCCCAUUACAUCCUUCAGUAAAACCUCUAGAAUGGAUGCUGGGAUCCUGGCAGUCAGAUGAACCAGGUCAUGGCUCAUUUCCCACAAUUCAGCCCUUCCGUUAUACAGAGUCCUUACACAUCUCUCAUAUUGGGCAGCCAGUGCUUAACUUUUUAUUCACUUCCUUUAAUGCUGAGACAAAGAAGCCACUGCAUAGAGAAUGUGGGUUUAUACGAAUGGAGCCCAACAGCAACAAGGUGGCAUUCAUUAUUGCUCAUAACCUAGGUUUAGUUGAAAUUGAGGAAGGCAAUCUGAAUGGCCAAGAAUUAAAACUACAGUCUACAGCUCUGUCUCGUAUAUCAUUUGCAAAGCAGCCAUAUGUUCAAGAGGUAACAAGAACUUUCAAACUUAUGGAAGAUGGUCGAUUGGAGCAGGAGCUGUUCAUGGCGACAGACAACCAGCCUCUCAGUCAGCAUUUGCACAUCUACUACAAGAAGCUACAAUAACAGCAAGACUGUUCAUAGGCCAGUUGUUUAUCAGUGAUGGACAUUAAUGGAUUUUGCUCUGUGUAAUUAGGUAUAUCAGCACACUGUAAUUAUCAUAAACAUUAUUUUUCGCCUGAAUUGUUAUGUAGAAAUAAACAUUCUAUAAAAUACUGUA